AUGGAUGGUCGGAAUGGCGAGGAUUUGACACCAGAAGUUCCCCCUUUUGACAUAGAUGAUCGUAGUCUAAGUAAUAACCGAGAAAACAUGCAUUCAGCGAUGCUUGUCAUUGAGAAUGUCCUGAAGAUGUUACGCGAAACCGAUAGCUCGUCGCACAAGGCGCUGUGCUCCAUGUCUUAUCCCGACGGCAAGCAUGCGCUCGAGAUGAUUGAUCCGUCCCUUCAUAGCUUGGGAGACAUCUCCGAGGCACUGGAACGCAUCUCCGGCGAGCUCGGAAGUCGCCGUACGGCGAUCUCGCGCGUCGUCAACCCCAUACAUAACCAAAAGCUCCCCGUAGCAAGUCUUCCGCCCGACGUCCUACACAUUAUCUUCGAAGAAGUGGCUUUCGAAUGUCGUCCUCACUCUGGAUUGCUGAAGCUGGGGUGGAUUGUUCUGGCCCAUGUUUGUACCUCAUGGCGCAAUCUUUUACUUUCCAUGUCAAACUUAUGGGCCCGCGAGGUUGGCGCUUUCCGUUCGGCGGCAAGUUUCCAGGAGAUCGCCAAUCGGGCUCGGAUGGCGCCGAUGAGCGUUUCAAACCCUUGGGCCUGGUUCGAUCAUGAACCACUCCCCGACCACUACUGGCCGAUUAUAUCCCAGAUCUCCAAUAUAAAGGCCAUUUGCUUCACACCCUUACACCCGGACAAUGUUCAACGUCUAGCCAACAUUCUGGCAGGUCAAUCAUCCACGAUGCUGCGAUCUUUAGCACUGCUCUCGAGACAGGAACACUAUGAGAUAACACUACCUUCCACAUUCCAUUGCCCAAAUUUGCGCUGGGCGUCGUUCGAGAACACGUUCAUACCUUUCGACAGCCACCAUCUUGUCGGUCUCUUGAUAGUUGGGAGCUCACACGACGCUCCGGCAGGAGUGAAUUUGGAUCAGUUCCUCGACGUAUUGCAAACAUGCAGCAGUCUUUCCAUCCUCUGCCUCAAACUAUGGGCACCCCGUGUCCUGUCAGUCACCACGUCCCGCACGGUCCACUUACCUGGCCUUCAGACUGUCGCGAUGUCUGAUCACCCCGGGCAUACUUCGUUCAUCGAUAUAUGCAUACAUCUUUCCCUCCCGCUUCUAAGUUACCUAUUCCUCGACGUGGAUCAAAGUCCAGUACCCGAUACUGUUCCUACGAUUAUGAGCUGGUUGCUGUCGGGCGCACAGAUCGACUCACCGUGCAUGAAGAACGCCAGUCGUCUCAGUGUAACGAGCACAGGCCACUCGGUCUCAUCUUGGGUGGCAGCUACUGGUCACAACGACUUUCGUGUUCGCAUUGACAACGGACGGCUCAAGCGUAUGAGUCCGUCGUUGUAUUUUGAGUUCCCCAUUGAGGAAAAUCGCUGGGAUCAAUGCGGGGUCGGUGUUCAUAUGCACUUCCUAAACAUGGUGGGUGGGGAUGGCAACCCAGUGACUGACACCACCUUCUUCCGUACCGUGACUCGCGGAUGGACGCGGACGGACUUCGUGGACUCCGCGUCUCGCCCUACCAUCAAGAGCGCAUACUUCGACUCUCAGCUUACAGCGGUUGACUGGGACGCCGUGUUUGAAGAUCUCACGGGCGUAGAGACGCUCUACAUCUCCGACUUCCCAUACAUCUGGGAUGAACCUGGGGGCAAUCGCGACGACGGGCUGCUCUCAGCACUAUCGAGGAUCGUCCAAUCCAAUGGCACAAUGUUGUUGCCUCGUCUUCGCAACAUCGUUUGCGGAUACCCGUCUUUCCUCGAUGCCGAGUUAAGGGAUGAAGAGCCGAGUCGGAAUGCGGGGCGGCUAGUGCGCGAGAUGCUCCGCUCUAGAGCUGAACAUGGAAUGCCGAUACGCAGCAUGCGAAUUCGUACUCGUAGAGUUGCUCCGGAGGAUGACAACAGUGAUAAGGAGACGAACGAGCAGCUUCAAAAUCUUGUAGACUCGUACCUCUGA